UUGUCCUUGAGCAUUGAGGUCCAUGCAUGAUAUGAGAGUUCGCCAUUUCCCACUCAUGUACACCACCACCUGCAGCCACGGAGCACUCCAAUAGGCAAAUUGAGAGAGAUGGAGGCCAUUGCGUUUGGUGCCUUCUUCAAUACCAUCUUGCCCAAGCUUCGGGAAAAGCUUAAAGACUCUAAGCGAGACAAGAUUGCCAUCAACGCUAACAUUCAAGAUUUCAAGAGUGAGGCUGAAGCGGUGCAAUCACAACUUGAAGAUGGCUACUCCCGGCAAGAAGGUGACAAAGCCAGGCUGAUGAGGAUCGAUCGGCGACUCAAACUCUUGUGUCAAGAUACGCAGGACUGCAUACACCAGUUCCUGCAAAAGCAAAAGGGAUCUAUGGAGAGCUGCACCGAGUUCGCAACCAAGAUCCAGGGAUUCAACGACAAUGUCCAGAAGCUACACGAGGAAGUCAAGACAUGCAUCGCUUCACGAAAAGGGCCACGCCAACCUUCUGAGCGGUAUGUUCCUUCCGACAAGGCCGUGGGCAUGUUGGAGCGCCUCGCUGAGCUGCAGGAGCUUGUACAGCUAACCGGCAGGCAAGAGGCGCCCAAGGUGAUCUCCAUCGUUGGCUUCAGUGGCCUAGGCAAGACCCUUCUUGCCAAACAAUUCUAUUCCAGUGAAGCCGGCAUGAAAUUUCCUCAUCGGGCAUGGGUUCCUUCGGCUGGCACCCAUGAGGAGGUUGUCAAGAACAUACUCCUGGAUAUUGACCCUCAAGGCAACCAUGACGAGGAUGCCAUGGACCUCCAGCGCCUCUGCGUCAGCCUGCAGGAUUUCCUAAGGGGCAAAGAGUACUUAAUUGUACUCGAUGACAUGAAGAGUUGGGAGAUGUGGAACAAAAUAAAAUAUGCCUUCGAGAGUGUGAAAGGCAUAGUCCUUGUAACAACGACCAUUCUGGCAGUAGCUAAUGCUUGCAGCCAAUGCAUUAACGGUUAUGUGUACAAGCUGUCACCCCUUGAUGAGAAUGAGUCUGUAAACCUGUUCAACAAAGAAUGUUAUUCGGGGGAUACUGAUUAUGCAGCAGACAUAUUGAAGAAAUGUGAUGGUCUACCACUUGCUAUAGUCAGCGUGGCCAAUUAUUUGCAGAGUGAGGGACCGUUGACAGGCGCUAGAUGUAAAGAUGCUUGCAACAAACUUGGUGCUCUUCUGGUACAAGACAAUGGUUGCAAGUUACCAGAAAUGCAAUGGGUGCUUAUGAAUAAAUAUACUGGUCUGCCUGGUCAUGCUAUCAGAUCCUGCUUGCUAUAUUUUUCCAUGUACAAGGGAAACAUGGAUGCACUCCCCAGGAGGAAUUCCCUGAUAAGGCGAUGGCAAGCUGAAGGGUUUGUUGAUGGGAAAACUGGAUAUGAAUAUUUGAAGACCCUCAUCAACCGCAACAUCAUUCAGUCCAUGGAAGUAAACACAGACGGAACAACAAAGAGAUGCCGACCCCCAGGAAUGAUGUCCGAGUACAUUUCCCAGAUUUCCAUGUCCGAGAAUUUCGCUGCUUUGGUGUCUGAUCAAGUGGAGAUGGGAAAAAAUCGCAUCCUCAGGCUUUAUUUCGAUGAUGGCAGUGCUGAAGAUGACAUACGCAUUUCGCGCAUGGAUUUAACUUUACGUAUUGUCCUGACUCUGGCAAUUUCAGGAAUUGCAUGCAAAGCUAUUUUAAAAUUUGAACAGUAUGUGCAACUGGUAGUUUUGGAUCUGAAAGAAUGUACAAAUCUGGAUGAUAAUCAUGUCGAAGCUAUAUGCAAGCUGUUGCUGCUGAAAUAUUUGAGCCUCGGGAAGACUAUAGGGAACAUACCAAGGGCCAUUGGCAAACUGGAACUGUUAGAGACGCUCGAGAUGAGGACAAACAAAACAGUAAAGGUGUUUAAAGAAGUUCUCCUGCUACCCAACUUAAUACACCUCCUUGGAAAUUUUGUGCUUAGAAUGACACCGGAUGAUGAUCUAUAUAAUUUCUUGGAGAAAAAGAGUGUCUUAGAGACGAUUACAGCACACGUCAGCCAAACUGCAAAAGGAUUUCCGGAUCUGAUGCUUCAUAUGAGUCAGUUGAGGAAGGUGAAAAUAUUUUGCACUGGAGGAGCAGAUGUCACGGACAAGGAAGUUCUGACAACGGCGAUCAAGAAAUUCAUUCAAAGAGGCACGUAUAAUGUUAAUGGUGGCCACAGUCCUUCUCUAUCAAUAGACUUCGAUAACUGCACGUCCAUUGUUCGGGAAUGUCUAUUAGGUCCUGGCAGUCUGACCUCACUCAAAUUGCACGGCAAAUGGACACCAUUUGUGGGUGCUAAUCCAGAUUUUACAAAGAUAUCUGGUAUUACCAAGCUGUGUCUUUCACACACUUACCUGAGCGGGAAUAAAGUCCUUGCUGGAUGAACGAGAGCUGGGGCCCCUCACGAUACAACCAGGAACUUUCCAAAGGCUGACGGGGUUAUGCCUCGUGGGCGACCAAAGCCUUGACCGCAUAACAAUCCAACCUGGUGCUCUGCCCCGUCUGGUCUCACUCCAUCUCAUCUGUGAAGCUAUAGAUGAGGGAGUUCAGCUUUUGAACGGAAGCCUCAAACGUCUACGGGAAAUCGCACUCCACUCUGGAGUCGCACCAGAAAGAAAAGAAGCAUGGAAAAAAGCUGCAAAGCUCCAUCCUAACAGGCCCCAAGUUUUGUUCAUUCAUAAGGCAUAAGCACGUGCAAAGCGUUGUAAUCACCAGAGUGAAGCUACUUCUUGCCUUGCUGCACGGAUCCGGGAAGCACCAAUGGAUGCUUCAGUUUGGAUAUACGUGCGGCCGCUUCCGUCGUGCGUGCGUGCUUGCUUUAUGAUCAAAUUUACCAUGUUGGUCACUUUAUUUACCAUUCACAAACUACUUGACCGCUUCUUGUUUUUAUU